AUGAGGGAGCUAGGUUUGCUGCUAAAGCCUUCGCCGUACAGCUCGAUGGCCUCGCUCUACGGCUCUCUCGGAAACAGAGAUAAGGUCGAUGAGAUUCUCCGAGAGAUGAAGGAGAGCAACGUUAGGCUCGAUAGCCUCACCGUGAACAGCGCCUUGCGAGCGUACGCUGCUGUAUCUGACAUCGCAGCAAUGGAGAAGUUUCUGGCUGAUUCGAAAGCGACUCCAACGAUUGCGUGGGUCACAAGAAUCGACAUGGCAAGGGCUUAUCUGAGAGAUGGUUCAAAGGAAAAGGCGAGAGAGAUGCUUCGUAGAACAGAGAAGUUGAAGGAUCCGGACUCCUGUGAGGACAUCAUGAAGCUGUAUGGUGAAGCAGGAAAGAGUGAAGAUGUUUACCGUAUAUGGAAACUCUACAAGAAAUCAAGAGAGCAGAGCAACGAAGGGUUUCUUGCUUUGAUUGAAUCUCUCUUGAAGCUUGAUGAUGUCAAAGGAGCAGAGGAGAUAUACCACAAUGAGUGGGAGUGCUCGGGUCUUGAGUUGGACCUCCGAAUCCCAACAUUGUUGGCGUCUGCUUAUCGCAAAAAGGGAAUGGCCAAUAAUGCAUAUGGAUUGAUGAGCAAGACUAUGAGGAACAGAGCAUUUGCUGGACCAAUCACUCCGUUGCUGGAAGAAUGGGGAAAAGGAGGGAAUCAGUCGGAUUUGAGAGACCUCAUCAGGAGUCUCCGUGAUUCAAACCAGUUCUCCAAAGCACUCGAGGCAUCAACAUGGAUGGGUGAGAAGAAGUUGAUCAAUCUCUUUCCAGAAGAGUACGCAUCUAGGCUUCAUCUGAUUGAGAAGGUGUUGGGCUUGGAGGAAGCAGAGAGAUUCUUCGAAAAAAGCAUCCCGGAAGAGAUGAAGGAUCAAUCUGUCUACGCCGCUCUCUUGAUCUCUUACACGAGAUGUGGAAAAACUCUAGACAAAGCAGAAGCCACUUUCGAGAAGAUGAGAGAUCUCGGGUUCCUCUCAAGGCCUUCCCCGUUCAACUCGAUGAUAUCUCUCUACGGCCAGCUAGGAUGGCCAAGUAAGGUCAAGAAGCUUGUAAAGAGGAUGGAGGAGGAGAAGAUAGAGCCCGAUAGUGUCACGAUGAACAACAUUCUGAGGGUGUACGCAGAUGAAACAGACAUAGAGACGAUGGAAGAGUACAAGGUUGAUGCUGAGAAGAAGAAAACCAAGCUGGAAGCGAGGACGAUGGCUGCGAUGGGAAAGGCCUACGAGAGAGAAGGGCUAAUGCAAAAUGCAAUAGAGACAGUUCCCGGUAAAGAAGAAGUUCACCGUCUAUGGGAUGAGUACAAGAAGGAGGGAGAAAUUUGGGACGAAGGAUAUCAAAGUGUGAUUAGCUCUUUGCUGAAGCUGGACGAUGUAGAUGGAGCAGAGCGGAUCUAUGGAGAAUGGCAAUCAAAAGGUCGCGAGCUCGAUGCUCGAAUACCCGGUUUGCUAAUCUCUCGUUAUUGCCAGGACAAUGAUUACAUGAAGGUAAGAAAGGUACUGGAUUCAGCUAGAAAGAGUUGUAAGCGGAUGCGUAUUGAGGAACCAACUAUCCUUUCCCUUGAGAGUGUAGCGACCUUGAGUGUGAUUCCUCUGGCCCUGUUAUGGAAUCGAUUCUUCUGCUCCUACACAAACGGAGCCCUGUCGUCUCCGGCAACGAACCACACUCUGCAGAGUCGGAUCGAAGCUGCUUCAGAUCGGAAAACCGCAAUCACUACGGUGCUUGAACAAUGGCGACGACAGCAGAAAGGGAAACAGAUAAACCCUUCGUUGGUCAGAGUAAUCGUCGAGGAGCUCCGCGAUUGCCAGCGGUUUCGUCAAGCCCUAGAGCGGAGAAGUUCUUCGAGAGCAUCCCGGGGAAGGAGCGAAUCCGUCUACACCGCUCUAUUGAGCAGCUACACGAAAUCGGGGAAGAAGUAUCUAUACAAAGCCGAAGCUACUUUCCAGAAGAUGAGGGAGCUAGGUUUGCUGUUGAAGCCUCUGCCGUACAACUCGAUGACGUCUCUCUACAGCUCAAUCGGAAACCGAGAUAAGGUCGAUGAGUUUCUGCGAGAGAUGAGUGAGAACAAUGUUCGUUUCGAUAGUCUCACCGUGAACAACGCCCUGCGAGUGUACGCUGCUGUAUCUGACAUUGCGACAAUGGAGGAGUUUCUGGGUGAUUGGGAAGCGAUUGUGAAGCUCGAGUGGCUCACGACACUUGAAAUGGCAAAGGCUUAUCUGAGAGAUGAUUCAGAGGAAAAAGCGAGGGAAUUGCUUCGUAGAACAGAGGAAAUGAUGGAUCCGGAGUCUUAUGAGGAGCUCAUGAAGCUAUAUGGUGAAGUAGGGGAGAGAGAAGAUGUUUACCGUAUAUGGGGUAUGUACAAGAUUUCAGAAAAGCAGGAUAAUGAAGGAUUUAGAGCUUUGAUUGGAUCUCUCUUGAAGCUUGGUGAUAUCAAUGGAGCAGAGGAGAUAUACUACAAUGAGUGGGAGUACUCGGGUCUUGAGUUUGAUGUCCGAAUCCCAACUAUGUUGGCGUCUGGUUAUCGAGAAGAGGGAAUGGUGAAGAAGGCAGAUAAACUUAUGAGCAAGACUAUAAACAACAGGAGCUUGGUUAGACCAAUUAGUCCGUUGCUUGAUGAAUGGAGUAGAAGAGUGAAUCGAGUGAAGCCUUCGGACAUGAGAGGCCUCAUCAAUGAUCUUUGUGAUUCAAAACAAUACCCUAAAGCUCUCGAGGCAUCGACAUGGAUGGGAGAGAAGAUCCUGUUUGAUCUUUUUCCAGAGGAUUAUGCAGCUAGGCUUCAUCUGAUUGAUAACGUGUUGGGUUUGGAGGAAGCAGAGAGGUUCUUUGAAAGCAGUAUCCCAGAGAAGAUGAAGAAUUACUCUGUCUACUCCACACUCUUAGCCUCGUACACAAGAUCCGCCAAGACUCUAGGUAAAGCAGAAGCCACUUUCGAGAAGAUGAGCGAGCUCGGGUUCCUCUCAAAACUCUCCCCAUUCAAAUCCAUGAUAUCACUCUACAGUGAGCUAAGGAAACGAAGCAGGGUCAUGAAGCUUGUAGAGAAGAUGAAGGAGAAGAACAUAGAGCCAGAUAGUGUCACGAUGAACAACGUUUUGAGAGUAAACGCGGAUGUAUCAGCGAUAGAGUCGAUGGAGAGGUGUAAAAGAGAAUGUGAAGAUGGUAGAAACAAACUCAGACUCGAAGUGAGGACGAUGGAUGCAAUGGCAAAGGCUUACGAAACAGCCGGGCUAACACUAAAGGUGAUACAGUCAACAGGGAGCAAAAAUGAAGUGUACCGUCUAUGGAAUGAGUACAAGAAAGACAACAUAGGAAACAUGGGAAAUGAAGAGUAUUUAAGUGUGAUUAGAUCUUUGUUGAAGCUAGUCGAUGUAAAAGGAGCACAAGAGAUUUAUGAUGAGUGGGAACCAAAAGGUUACGAGUUCGAUAGUAGAAUACCGAGUUUGCUACUCUCUCGUUACUGCGAGGAGGAGUAUAAUGAAGUGAAGGCAAGGGAAGUAGUGAAGUCGAUGAGGAAGAAGAGGAGGCUGUUACAGUUUGAGGUGUUUAAGGAUGUGAGCAUUGUGGUAAUGGGCACGUCGCUAGGGGCUGGGUUUGUUCCAGGCACGCUAUGGAUUUGUGGAGGAGAACCCUCUACUCUUUGGGUUUCCCUAGGACUUGUAAUCGUUGCUAUUGCUUAUGCAUUUACAAAUGGAGGUCGUUCUAUUUAA